CAACUAAUUCAGCUCAAUCUAUAAGAAAAUAUGAUGUAUCUAAUUACUCCCCUUUUUUUCUAGAACAAGUCGAAAAGGGAAAUAAGAGCUGGUUGAAGGCACUGAUUGUAGUGGCCAUGCAUCGUUUGUUCAAAAAUGAUUUGGAGAAAAGAAUCACAUUCAAUGAAAGCAACUACAGCUUUCACGUUUUAUGGCCAUUGGUUGAAUUUGCAGUUGAUUCCCUGAACAAAGAAAACUUGUCGUUCAUCUGUGGUGAACACAUCUUGGUUUCUUCUAAGGAGGAAUAUAAAGCUGAUGGUGUAGUUGUUCUUCAAGAUAACAUUGAAAUAUGCUUGUUAGAGAUCUCUGGAAAGUACAAGCUAAACGACAUUCCCCAUACAAUCUACGAUCAUGUAAAAGGCUGUUUUGGUGUGUUGUGUAUGCUCAACAACCUCAUCAAAAAAUACCAUAAAGCAACAAUUGAAACAGCAAUCACCCUCAAAGUACCAUUCGUACAUGCCCGAGGGGAUGCUAUCCAUUUAUGGAGUCUUGAAAUCUGCGAUAAUAAGCUCUACGCCUUGCAAAAGUUGUAUGAAGCCAAGAUUCCCUUGUCAUGGUUAGACAAAGCUGAAGUACUAUCACUCGGCAUCCUUCUCUGGCUUUUAAGGGGCUUACUGUCAACGUUAAUAAGUACAAUUGAUACCAUGCAGGAAGAGCAUGAUAGGGCAAGAACGGUAUCCCUGCUAGGUCUUCCGUCUCCUGGCAAAGAUCUUCUUGACUUUGUCAACACAGACAUUAAAAAACCAUUAAAAGGAGCUUCUUAUGGCGUCCUCUUACCCCAAGAUGACCGAUGCGAAGCAUCAACUUGUAUGAAUAACACUUUGUAAAUAUUUCUAAACAUACAAGAUACGUUUGAAAAGAAAUUUCUUUCUUAGUGUCUCAUAAUUCAUUUUUUGUCUUUACUACACAUACAUAUCGUAUCUUAUUUAUGUUGGCCUGAAGCAGAACAAACAUAUUUAGUUACUAGUCUAUUUCACCUGCUUAUUUCUAGCAGUUUUGCUUCAAAACGAUAAGUAUUGUACUUGAUCUGUUUAUACCGAAC